CCAUCUGUGUGCGCCUGGGACGGAACCUGGCUAAAACAAGGGACCCUGUCAAGAGGAGGGAGAUCAAGUUGAAGAGACAGGAGCACGAUGCCAGGCAAAUGGCUGAGCGACUGGCCUACUAUCAGAGACGGGAAGCGGCAAGGAAAGAGCCUGAAAAGUACCUCAGCCUUAUAGUCGAUGGAAUGGAUCAGGCCAAGACGUACUUGCCGCAUUUCGUUGGAGACAAGUCAAAGGACCUAACUACCGCCGACCAGAUGAAGGUCCAUGUCUCUGGAGUCAUAAGCCACGGUCACGGACUACGAACCACGUAUAUACAGCUCUCCUUUCUCUUUGUGGGCCACACACACGAAGACAUUGAUCAGAUGUUCAGCCGUGUGGCCGACAAACUACGUCAUCAAGAGGCCCACACCCCUGAACAACUAAUCAAUAUGAUGCCAGAAUGUAGCAGGCUUAGGGGUCUUUAUAACAUCAGAGACUGGCUCAAGCCGUCGAUACCGACAAUACAGGGACAAUCCCAGCCCGGUCAGUUCCGAUUCCGUUUGAGCAAGGAGGACCCUGAUGUAGUUGACAUGUUUUACCGAAAGGGACAGGGCCAACCUUGGAAUAAACUAAAAAAUGGAAUGUUUAAGAGGUCAGAAUCUGGAAAACCCGAUCGGCCGAAAGGAGUGCCGAAAAUCAUUCCUGUUUCCUUUGAAAAUAGAAACAUCAAUGCACAAAAGCUGCUAGAUGAGCAGCUACCAAAAUGGCUCCCUUAUCUUGACUCUGACCAGGAACAAUUCGUGUGGAAAAAUUAUCUAGGUCAGAUGAUCAAGUCAGGUAAAAGCGCUACAGCUUUGGCAGCAUAUUCUAAAGUUGGGACAGGAUGGGUCCUGACCAAGCUUCCACAGUACGUGGAACAAAACUGUGACGACGAGGAGUCGGCUGUCCCUGGUGACGUGAGAGCCUUGCUGGAGAAAGAGCAAGAGAACCCAGAGGUAACAGAUACUUGA